AUGUGGAUGGAUUUACGCAGUGUCGAAGUUGUUCCCCGGACGUACCAAGAAGAUGAGUCAUACCGCUGCGUUGGAGGGUCCCGGCCUUCUCACUGCUCACUAAACGCCAUUGUUCGCUCGGGUCAUAACAAAUGGCACAUCAAAGUCACCUCCAGAUGGACGCCCGGCCAGCCAAAGAAGAGGAAAUCUGAGAGACGUUUAGAGUUUGAACGUUUCAUUUCACACAUUGAUUACGGCUCACUUCCGCCCCUCCUCGACAACACUGUUACAGAGAUAGAGUUGGCAGUUGUGACAAAACCGAGCUUCCCAGGUCCUCAUCCAAAUAUGCUUCCCUUGAAGUCAGAUGUAAAUACUCUUCCAACUUCAGGAAACAGAUUUGCUGAGAUCGCCAGCAAAUUAAGUUACAAAAUUCGAGAGGAUCCUUUGAGAGUGACAUAUCCUCAUCUUGAGGAAUUAUCGGUGUCAACAAGAUGGGUAUCGGAUAUCCAGACAAAGAGAGAAAUUCAACAUGCAGUACCCUGGAUCUCUCAAGUUCAGCUUAAAAAUGACAAAAACUGGUACAUCUACAAGGAGAUCGACGGGCCUUUCCACUCCCCAAGAGACAGUGUGGUACUUCGGCAAGAACUACAGAAUCUUAAACUCUUUCGCGGUAUAUCAAGUGUCGUACAACUAGUUGCUGUUGUUAUCUCGAAAAACCCGUACUUGACAGCCGAUCAGGAUUAUAGCCCAUCUGUCAUGCGAGGUAUCCUCUUGGAUUACCAUUCAGGAGGAACAUUGGAGCAGGCUCUGAUGGAGACGGACGGACGCAAUCGCCCGUGGUGCAGAUGGGCGCUACAGAUUGCUGAAGCCCUUAACCAGCUACAUCUCAGCAAUAUUACGCACAUGGAUCUGAAACCUUCGAACAUUGUGAUUGAUCACCAAGGGAAUGCCGUUCUAAUUGAUAUAAGCGGUAUCGGAGGGGUCACUCAUGGAUGGCUGGCGCCGGAAAUGCAGGAAGCAUUAGAUCCUCUCUCUUUACCAUUUGAAAUGCGCCGGAAAAAUGAUGUUUGGGCUUACGGUCAAUUAAUAUCGGCCAUGGCAGAGUUUAACGACAACAAACGAGAGGAGAAACUAAUGGAGAGCGUUGCAGCCGCUGCAACAGCGAAAAACCCUGGCUUGCGGCUGGAUUUAUCGUGCAUCAUUGCGAAACUGAAGCCGCUUUUCGCUAAACCAAAGCUAGUGUGA